AAAACCUUAUAAGUGGUUGAGAUGUCAAACAUCAUGAAUGGGAAUUGUCGAUUAUGUUUAAACAUAGUUAACAGAAAACGUACCACAAUCAUGCAAAGCGAAUUUCGACAGAUGAUGGAGACAGUUUUCUCCUUCUCGAUAGUCAACGAAGAAGGACUGCCUACGUAUGUAUGUACUGGAUGUUCUUCUGCGGUGCGCAACUUCUUCAGCUACAGCCUAAAAGUGCAACAGAACCAACGAUAUUUGGAACAGCAAUAUCGUACAGCUGACAAACUAACAUCACCUAAACACACCAUCCAUAGCAGAGUUGUGAAUUUCUUGGAACAUCAUUUUGACGAUGAAGACGGCGCAGCAGGUUUGACUUGCAUGGAUACACAUAUUUCAUCAGCUUGUGAUACAUCACUCGUUCAGGCCGAUCCACUAUCGGAAGUGUCUACGAUAGACAUACCCUCUCAAAACCUUAAGAUAAACAGCAACACAACAGAAAGAUUUUCUGCAAGCCAUAUACAAUCAAACAAUGUUUCCGGCAUGAAACAGCCACAAACGUUCGAUCUUCAGUACAGUUGCAAUGAGUGUGAGCUAAUACUUUCCAACAAAAUUCAACUAUACAAACACCGACGUGUUCAUCAAAAGAAAGAGUGCCCCGUAUGUAAUUUGCUGUUUCGAUCAGAUAAAAUUAAAGAACACUUUACGAAAAAACAUCCAGGUGAUAAACUACUGCAAGCAAACGGUGAAUUACGAUGUGAAAAUUGCCAGGAAUUAUUUAAUACAGAAACUCAACUUAAUAAUCACCUGCGGUUGCAAGAUCAGACGUUGAUCAGACAACCGGAACAUUAUGUUAAUAGCGAAGUAAUAGACAAUAAAUUGGCGGGCAAUGAACGUGUAUACUAUUGCACGAAAAAAUACAAAUGUUGUAAAUGUGAAGAGACAUUUUUCGAUAGGAUGCAAGUAGUCAGACAUCAGCGGCUUCACCGUACAACAGAGUGCCCGAUGUGUAACAAGAUACUACGAACGGAUAGGAUUAAGCAACACAUAGCGACACGCCAUCCAAGGGAUGAUGGAUCGCAUAGUGAGCUCCACAAGUGUGCGGAAUGUAAAAAGCUGUUUGAAAAUGCCACGCAACUAACGAUACAUCGCAUCACCCACAAGAAGCAGGUGUGCCCAGUAUGUAAGGAGACGGCCACUUCCUCGCAUAUUAAAAACCAUAUACAAUCGUUCAACAGCAUCGAUUUGGCCGAUGACUCAAACGAAUUCUCGGACACUAAAGUCGAAAUUAUGGCACCAAGUACGAAAAAUCUAUCUGUCCAGUGUGAUGAAUGUGGUCGAACCUCCCGGACGAAAUAUCAGCUACAGAAACAUCAACGAACUCAUCGCAAAAAGGAAUGUCCGGUGUGUCGAAAAUUGCUACGCUCCCAUACAAUAUCAACACAUUUAGCUUUGAAACAUCGCGAACAGCGGACACACGUUGGGAAUGAACAAUUAAUUCAACAGGAAGAUCAAUAGCUGUUUGCAACGUGCACAGCAAA